AUGGGGGAGACGCGGACGACGGGACGGCGAACGGCGCGCGCGGGGACGACGACGACGACGACGACGACGACGCGCGCGGUCGCGGCGAGGGAGAGAAGCGCGACGCGCGCGCGAGGGACGACGACGGUCGUCGCGCGAGGGUACGCCGGGGGUGGAUUUAACAUCGUUCCCGUGCCCGAUCGCGUCGUGGCGUUGGUGCCGUACUUGUUGCCGUUGUUGAGCGCGUUGCGGUACGGGCGCUUCUUCUUCGGCCAGUUUCCAGCCGCGGUGGUGCUGUUGAAGCCGUUGAUGCCGAUUUUGCGCGGGGUGGCGAUGUUGCCGAUGGGGAAUCUCAUAAUGUUUUUCGCCAUAUAUCUUGGGAUCGCGAAGAAUCAAAACUUGUCGCGCUUUUGCCGCUUCAACGGUAUGCAAGCGAUUUUGCUCGACAUCGCGUUGAUUUUCCCGUCUCUCCUCGAGGCGUUGUUCGGACCGGGUAUUUUGGGCAUCGGUUUACCGGGAAUCGUGACCAUGAUCAUGCACAACGCCAUCUUUGUCGUCACUCUCGCCGCCUUCGCGUUCGCCGCGGUGGGUUGCAUGAGCGGUCAAUACAUCCGAUUCCCGAUCCUCGCGGAAGCCGCCGAGGCGCAGAUGGGGUACUAA